UCUCUACAGAUGAAACACACAGACAUCAAGAAAGAGGACAAUGCAUCCACAGUUACACAGUUUCUCCUCCUGGGAUUCUCUGACCUUCCCAAACUCCAGGGUUUUCUAUUUGGUAUGUUCUCCAUAAUGUAUGUGAAUAUCCUAAUUGGAAACAGCUUCAUAAUUGUGAUAACCAGAAUAGAUUCUACACUACACAAUCCCAUGUAUUUUUUCCUGACAAAUUUCUCUUUUCUGGAAAUUUGUUAUGUUUCAGUCACUCUCCCUAGGGUUCUGUAUAGCAUUUGGACCCAGGAUAGAAGCAUUUCUCUUCUGGCCUGUGCCACACAAAUGUAUUUCUUCCUAAUGCUGGCAGCUACUGACAGUAUUCUCCUAGCUGUGAUGUCCUAUGACCGCUAUGUGGCCAUCUGCAACCCUCUGCACUAUCCUCUGGUCAUGAACCAGACGAAAUGCACACAACUGGCAGUGGGCUGUUGGCUUGGUGGCAUACCUUUCCAGCUAGGGCAAACAUGUCAGAUAUUCUCUCUACACUUCUGCAACUCUAACAAGAUAGACCACUUCUUCUGUGACAUACCCCCUGUGCUUAAGCUGGCCUGUGGAGAUACUUCUGUUAAUGAGCUGUAUGUCUAUGUAGUGGCUAUCUUGCUUGCUGCAAUCCCUUUUAUAUUAAUAUUAACAUCAUACAGCAAAAUUAUUGCCACCAUCCUUAGACUGCCAACUGCUCAAGGACGGGCAAAAGCCUUCUCCACAUGUUCUUCCCAUCUGGUGGUGGUGCUUUUGUUUUAUGUCUCUGCAUCUAUUACUUACUUAAUGCCAAAGUCAACACAUUCUGCAUUAAGUGACAAGCUCCUCUCUCUUAUUUACACCAUUGUGACCCCCAUGUUCAACCCCAUGAUAUACAGCCUUAGGAACAAAGAUGUGAUUGCAGCUCUGAGAAGAUUAUUGCUUAGAGCAUAG